AUGAUAGUCGCUUUCCUAUACAAGACUUUUACGAUAAAAGCCAAAUUUCGCAUUCAAAAAUCCGUCAUUUAUUGCGGUUUUGCUCAGAUUGCUUAUAAUUGUUGUGGAAUCAAUGGCUCCGCUGACUAUCAAGACUUAUCCAGUGUAAAAAUUUACGGAAUUAGCAACCCCUUGCCGCGCGAUAAAACUUUAAACGAUUGUCCUCAUGAAGACGUAGCAUGUCUCUAUCCGCUCUCUUGCUGUUUCUCAGUGGAAUGUACGGAAUAUCGACUAGCUGAGUUAGACAUAGAAGGAGAAUUUCAUGAGCGAUGGUACAAGAGUCGAGGUUGCGUACAUGCUCUUUUCUCUGCCAAUUAUGGUCUGCUGGAACCGCGUUAUUCUAUUAUUUUGAUUUUCCUAUGUCUUGGCAUGCAAAUCAUAGGACUAAUCUUUGCUCAGCUAACGCUAACUGGCUAUUUGACACUUGCUGAAAGUGGGCUUUCUGAUGCAGACGAGUCGAUAGCGUGGCUCUUGCCAUUUUCCUAUCCCGGGCCUGAGGAUAUCGUUCAAGUUCGUAAUCUUCUCAAAGGACUGCCCAAAAGUGGUGCAUUAUAUUGGGGUAUACUCGCAAAAUUUUGGAAGAAUGAACUAAAAAUAAGUUUUUAA